GACCAUGGAGGCGGAGCAGAGACGGUGACUGAGGUGCAGGCAUCCACGGCGGCAGCGAAGCGGGGCACGCAGCACUCAGCCUCACGUUUCGGACGGCUCCCAGCCCCCACGCUCUAGCUGCUCUCAGCCGCAUCGUCCCCCCGAGCACUUCAGCCUCGUCCGCCAUGGAGCUGCUAUUGCGUCCUCGUCUUGCUGUGCAUCUUCUCCUUCGCAGCGUGAUGCGCUGGCCGAGUGAUGGCGUCCCUUGAUGGCAUCUCCUUCGACGUCACCACGCGACAAGUGACGCGCACCAUCCUCUCCAGCGUCGGCGGCUUCUCUCAAUCAGCGCGCCAGAAUAUUCGCUCCCUACAGGAUCUGCUCGCGACCAUCCAGCGUUUCGGACUCGAGGUCUUCGACUCUCGCACCCUCCGCCGCGACGGCUUCAUCGGCGAAGGCGUCUCGUACAAGGUCACGAAAUGCACCCACACACGGACACACAAGCUAUACGCGGUCAAGACGGUCAAGCUGCCGCACAAGAGUGCCGACUCGGGCGCCUUCGAGCGGCAGGUGGCAUGCGUGCUGCGCGACAUCGAGGUCAUGUACGGCCUGGCUAAGCGCCCCAACAUCCUCGACAUCUACGGCUACGGAUGGGACGUAGACAGCGGCAAUGUCAUCCCCUAUCUCGUUACCGAGUAUGCCGCCGAAGGAACGCUGCGCAGCUUCCUCAAGAACAACGAGCUCAGCAUCCACGAGAAGCUGCUCUUCUGCAAAGAUGUCGCUCAAGGCCUCCACUUUCUGCAUGUCGCAGGCAUCGCCCACGGAGAUCUCAAGCUCGACAACGUUCUUGUUACGCCGUACUUGGGCAUGUCCAUGUUCAUGGAGCAGGAAAUGCUACGCACGACCGGAAUGGAGGCGUGUAUUUCCGACUUUGGCCACUCCCUCCAUCUCUACGACGAUGAGGGGGACGCGGUCGUAAAGCAGCGAUAUGGCGGCACUCUUGCCUACAACGCACCCGAGAUUCUCGACAAACACAAAAGCACGCGAGAAAAUGUGGCGUUCCGCAAGUGCGACAUUUGGUCGCUUGGCCUGGCAGUAUGGGAGAUAUUGAUCGAUGGCAAAGCCUACUACCACAACUCCGAUGUCGAGGACUCCAUCUUGUCUUCCCAGAAACGUACCAGCUCCCUGCCGACUCCGCCGCCGUCUAAUGCGCCCAGCCAGGCUUCAUCAGCUGCAAUGAUAGAGGAGCUCGCCCUCGUAGCGCCCCAACUUGCGCAAAUCGCUUGUAAACAAGUGUCCGAGAAGACGAGCGCCAGCCUCACAUCACGCGAGACUGGUCGCCUGCACUUCCUCUUCCAGAAAUGCUUAAACCAUGAUCCCAAAAACCGGCUCGCCGACAUUCCACUGCUGCCUUUCUUCCACGGUCAAAAGACAGAGGCUGCUACCGUGGCACCACCGUCACGUAUCCUUGUAGGUACUGGUACUUCGUGGUCCUUCGAGGUGAGUCCACUGCUUUCUCACAUCCGUCAUUCCCAGUCGUUGUCUUUCGGGUUCCAUUGGUAAUCAUCGACCUGUUCUCCGAUCAGUCCACUCGUUGAAGGCUGCUCCCCCUUGUCCGCAAUCCGUCUUCACUGCCUGGACGUAAGACGGACUGCUGCAUGCUAACGUCAACGUAGCUGUUCCGCGUUGCCGAGACAAUACCCGAUGAAGUGAAGAAACAAAUCGCAGUCGACUGCCAAAAGAU